UUAUACUACUGCACAUUGCACCAACCCCGCCCUCCUAACACUAAGCUUUCCUAGUAAUCGGGCAAGAAGAAGAGAGAGAAACUCCAAUUUUCUCUCUCCUCAAUUUUCUCUCUCCUUUACUUGAAGCUUUUCAAUCUCACCUUCAAUGGCGGUCUCAGAAAACUCCAGAAAAUCUCUCCUUCCUAACUUCCUUUACUCCACUAAAGCUUUUUCAGGUCUCGAACAAGUUUCUGUCAACAACAUGACCUCAAACCCUAAUUUAUCGGAAAAUGUUGCACCAAAACUUACUAACUUCGUCAUUCCUUCACCUACUGAACCGUCGAAGAAGAUCGAGAUGUAUUCGCCGCAGUUUUAUGCUGCUUGUACUGUUGGUGGAAUUCUUAGUUGUGGACUUACUCAUAUGGCCGUCACUCCUCUUGACCUUGUCAAAUGUAAUAUGCAGAUUGACCCUGUCAAGUACAAGAGCAUUGGCUCUGGUUUUGGUAUUUUGCUCAAAGAGCAGGGAGCCAGGGGAUUUUUCAGGGGUUGGGUACCCACUCUUUUUGGUUACAGUGCUCAAGGUGCCUGCAAAUUUGGUUUCUAUGAAUUCUUUAAGAAGUACUAUUCCGAUCUUGCUGGCCCGGAGUUUGCUGCCAAAUACAAGACAUUGAUCUACCUUGCCGGUUCAGCAUCGGCUGAAGUGAUAGCAGAUAUUGCCCUUUGCCCCAUGGAGGCUGUGAAAGUCAGGGUGCAGACUCAACCUGGUUUUGCUAGAGGAUUGUCUGAUGGGUUACCCAAGUUUAUCAAGUCUGAUGGAGUUGGCGGGUUGUACAAGGGAUUGGGUCCACUUUGGGGUCGCCAGAUUCCAUACACAAUGAUGAAGUUUGCGUCAUUUGAGAUGGUUGUUGAGCAGAUCUAUAAGCAUGCCAUUCCAAUUCCCAAGAGUGAGUGCAGCAAGCCUAUGCAGCUUGGAGUGAGCUUUGCUGGUGGAUAUAUUGCUGGUGUUUUCUGUGCUAUUGUAUCUCAUCCUGCUGACAACCUAGUGUCGUUCCUCAAUAAUGCCAAGGGAGCUACCGUUGGUGAUGCUGUGAAGAAAAUGGGACUGUUGGGUCUUUGCACUCGUGGUCUUCCACUUCGUAUUGUCAUGAUUGGUACCCUCACUGGAGCACAAUGGGGUAUCUAUGAUGCAUUCAAAGUUUUCGUUGGGCUGCCGACAACUGGUGGUGUAACUCCUCCCGCUGCUGCCGCGGAAAUUGCCCCUGCAAAAGUAUGAAGAUGUUGACGAACAGGAUAACCGGCUUUAGUGGCUUUAAUCGACCAGUUUUGGAGUGUUAAUAAUAAGCAGGUCCGCUGAUAUUUGCUCACUGGAUGGUGGGAAAUAAUUUUUUUUUGUUUUCUUAAAGGCCCUUUUCAUUCAUAUCUUAAACUUCUAGUAGCUCUGGGUAAUACUAUUGAGAAGGAUGGUUUUGUACUCAUCCAGUCAUCCUAUUGAUAACUCUUCAAGAGUAUUCAAAUUAGACGAUUUAUAGGCAAUGUUUUUGCCCCACUAGGAACUGGCAACAAGAAUUCGCUGAUUAUAUUGGGGAUUAUACUUUGGUUAAUUUUUUUACUAGAGCUUUUGUUGCUGUUUAAGGUAAAAGAUAACGUUUGUUAUUUUGCUUGUGAGAAGGCAUGAAAUUUUUUGCUUUUUGCCA